AAAAAUGCUUGUUGGCCUUCUAAAUGUCUGGCUCUGUCAUGCAUGCAGUAUUUCAAACUAACUUGAUGUUAUUAUUAAUAUUAGGCCUAUCCCAAUUCAUGGCCACCGGUCCAUGUGUUCAUCCACUAGGUGGAGCCAGAGGUCCAUACUGAAAAUGUACCCUAAACCUGAGUUACCGUAUUUACAUUGCCAACGUUUACAGCACUUUAUCAGUGUCAUAGUCAGGCUUAAUAUAUAUGCCGUUCUAUGUAUUUACAUAUAGGGAAGUUCUAUAGGUGGAUACGAUUCAGGGUUUGGUUAAAGUUUAACCAUACGCCAAUGCGUCACCGAGAAAACGUGUAAUUUUAUUGCAACAUCAGGGUGGGGCAUGGGCAGUUUAAGCCUGCUCUACUGCUGUAAUAAAUGUCCGCAUAGACUUCCUGGUUUCUCAUUGUGGAAGGAACCCAGAAGUAACCCCUACAACCUUACACAUCAUGGCUGCCCUGAAGCAGGUCUGCGAAUCUCAGCCGUUCGGACGGAACUUGUUGAAGAAUCCGUCGCCUUACGGUUUGACUCACAAAACCCCUCCUCCAGAAGUAGAGCUCAGUGAAGUCCCCCCACAGGGACCUCCCCGUUUCCAAGCCGAAGGUAACUACACUGACUGGACUACCAGAGUAGAACGUCUCCCCGCAGAUAGAAGUAGAAUACCCCAGGGCGCGGUUGUGUGCGGUUUACCCGAGUACAGCUGGUUCACUCUGGAGCAGCGGGUGGACCUGAAGGCAGAAGGAAUUUGGGAUGAGUUGCUGGAUAAAUCUCAGCCAGACAUUGAGAUACAAGACUGGUAUGAGGAGAGCCAAGUGCAUGAGCACAUCUACCAGCUGCAUGUCAAGUUACUGACCGCCGACGGCCAGACGGUCAUCUCAGAGCACCAUGUCGAGCCUACCGAGGACCGCUCCAACUACUCACACACCUGGAAAGAGGUGUCGCAUGUGUUCACAGGCUAUGGUCCUGGGGUGAGGUACGUCCUCUUUAGCCACCGAGUGAAGAACAUGUUCUUAAAUGAGUUUUUCCCUACCCUUGUCACCGACAGCUCAGUCACUGUCAAAAAUACCAAAUUCAAAUGAUCAGUCCAUAACUCAUAUUAUAUGGACAAAGAACAUAUCACUGAAUAUUUCAAGUCAGUGUAUGUAUUAUUUUCUUACAGUAGCCUACAUUCAUCAUUUUAUUAUCUGAAGAAAUUGCCUUAUUUUGAUUUUGUAGAUUACGAUAUUAAAGUUUUGGCUACUGUUUAAUCUAUUAAACACAUUUUAAUCAUGAUAAUGAUGAUGGUU